AUGUCUUUUUCACAGCUUGGAUAUCCUUACAACACGUCUUCUCAGGUAAGUCCAAACAGCCACCACCACUUUUUUUUUUUUUAGUGUGGGGGGAGAACCGGGUCUGUGGCGUGGCGUGCAAUGUCAGGUAUCUUUUCAAAGCCUCCUUUGCAUUUAUCUAGUUUUAAUCAUUUUUGUUUGUUUGUUUCAAAUGAAUAUCUGGAGGAGAUGCUGCGUCGCCCCCUCCCACCUUCCUUUGAUCUGUGUGAUGGGUGUCUGCGUGCGCGUGUUUGAAUGAAUGGGAGAUAUGGUGAACCGGCAGACUGCUCCUAUCCAAGUUUACUCAGGAGUAAGACAGGCUGUUUGCAAUGGGACUCAAUCCCAAUGAAAGAUGCAGAGGAUCGCAGCAAGAAUUUGUUUUCUCAUGACUACCUGUUCAGUUUUAAGUGGUGGCAAGUUUAGGCGGAAGGGGGGCGGGUGUUCCUGAAGUUCAGUUGAUCUGCAAAUCUCUUAUUGAUUUUCCACUGAAGGCGAUCCGUGUAUGUGUUGUUUGGGUACAGGUAUUUAUAGGACUGGCACAGUUUGGGUGUGCUCCCCCUCCUCUCAGCUCCAAUAAAUAUUGACAUACGGUUCUUUGAGUGAGAAAAUAACUUGGAAAUAAAGUUUUGCCAAGGCGACCAAAGCUGUUCUAAGAUACUGACUUGGAAGAUACUGACUUGGAAGGAAAGUCCUAUCGAUUCCAAUGGAAAUUAUUGACUCGUCGCAGUUUUCUCACGCGAAGAGGCAUUCCUACGCAUACCUGGUUGAGAAGUCAGUCCCGUUUUGGAAGGGGGCGAUUGCUACUGAGCCCACACGCUUUCGUAGUCCAAUUUAGAUUUGGAUUUCGGAUUCUGCUUAUUCCGGUGUAAUCCACGAGAGUCAGCCCCCCCCCCCCCAAUUAUUUGUUUUCUUUUUACCUGAGGGGUAGGCGGAGGUAGAGACCUGGGAGGGCGAGGUAUGUAUGUGAGAGAAAGAAUAACAGCAUAUGCAGCCAAUUAAUUCAGUGUCAUUUACUCUAUUGUGUCAUAUGGUGUAAUGCAAAUUGCAAAAGUAUACUAUGACUUGAUCUAGAAUUCAGGAACCUACCUUACAGCGGUCCAUCAAGUUCAGUAUUGUCUACACUGACCGGCAGCCGUUCUCCAGGCUUUCAGGUGGGGGUGUAUCUCCCAGGUUUAUCUUAUAUAUACUUUAAAGAGAGAAAAAAUCGGUCUUUUAAUUGACUGGUAUCCGCUGCUCUCUCAUGGGAGCAACCUUUCUGCUUCCCCUUGCUUUCCAAGCCUUCCUGCCUGACUUCGGUCCCAGGUGCCUCAUCCCCGCCGACUUCGUGCCUCUGCGGAUGAAGCUGGAAGCCUCCCACAGUAUUACACCUGCACAGCCUCCCCUCCCCGCUACCUGCAUUCCCCCCCAUAUAAUUUAAGGGAAGGUGGUAUCUUUUAAGAGUCUCAUCCGGCUUGCCACGAUGGUACCUUCCCUCUCUCUCCCUUUCCAUUAAGAUUUUCAAGCCACUCGGUGGAUCAGGAAUUCUAAGCAAAACGUUACAUUCGCUUUGGGGGCUUCCUUUGCUGUAAAUUGGGGUUGGCUUAGGAGACUCUGCACUUCUGGCGUCCCGCUUUGGACAGCCUCCUCCGGACCCCUGGAUCUCCACAGCCCCAUUGACCGGCUGGAUCGUACUCAGAAGGAAGCACCGUCCGUUUCUUCAGGGCUAACAAGGGCUUCUCCCCCAGCACCCAACCACCCACUCCAAAUGUGCUUUGCAAUUAAAGCGAAAUUGUUUCUCGACUUUCUUUCUUGCGUUUUUCUAAUUAUUUCUCUCUCCCUCUCUCUCUGAACUCCAGUUUUUCGUCUCAGCCACCUCUAGCACCACUUGCUGUGACUCAGGGACCCGAUCCGUCUCCGAUGUGUCCUCGGGAUCUUCUUCCCAAACGGCCACCCUCUGCUGCCCCUCUUACGAGAACAGGCUGUUGGCCGGCUCCAGGACGGACCUCAAUGCGGCGCUGGGGAUGUACGGCUCGCCCUACGCAGCUGCGGCCGGCCAAAGUUACGCCAAUUACCUCCCGUACGGAGCGGAUCCGUCCACACUGUACACCACGCUGGUGAGUGAAGGGAAGGCACAGGCCUUCCGCUCCCCUAUGACUUUCGCGCUACAAUUUGGUUACUAAGAAGAAAAGGGGGCGCUAGUCCCUGUUGACCUGGUAAUGCACCUAAUCGUAUUAGCAGUUUUGCAGCUGGGGGAGGGGAAUCAGAAUGCAUUUACAUUACAAGGCGAUGAUGUUUACUCGGAAGUAAAAUCCUGCGCUGUUUCUUGAUGUUUGGUUCCCUUCUGAGUGUCUUUCCUAGCGUACAAUUCUUACUAGGAAAUUAUAAAGCCCCACUGAGAUCCGUGCUACUUCCGAGUAGACCUAUUGGGAUUUGGGGAGGUCCGUGUAGACCUGUUGGGUAUUGAGACUAACCUUAGGUACUCCAAGGUAGGAGUAGGCCCGCCCCACUGAACAGAACUGGGUCAAAGGUUUGGGAUCCUUUCCGCAGGGCUGGGGGAUAUGCAUAAUUUUAUUCUGAGCAAACAUGCACAGACUCGAGCCGCCGGGCAGCGGUUGCUGUCCACACUCACCUGGAAGAGCGCGCGGGGAAUUUAACUGGGAUCUGCACAAAACCAAAGCGGCGUGGAAAGGAGGACUUGCGGUUGUACACAGAUUCGGGUCCCCAAAUUCCACAAGAGCAAUUCUUAGACUCCAAGCAGAAACCUCUCCUCCACUUUCCAUCGAUGAUUUGCGACUGUAAGCUCAUUGAAGGCCGGGACCUAUUGUUUUGUCUUGUUUCUUAAUUGUCAUGCGUUGCUCCCAAAACGAUGUCAAGAUAAUGUAAAAAUAAAAUAAAAUAAAGAGCUCCAUCCCUGUACCUCGCUCAUCAUACACAAAAGGGUCUCUGCCCCGAGGUAGCUUGCAGUUAUUACACUGAUCAGGAGAGGAGACCAAAAAGAGGGAGACUAUAAAAGAGGGAGACAAUUCUAUUGUCAUCUCAGAAGUAAUUCCUUGUGAGUCCAAUGGAGCGUACACAUUGGCAAAUGUCAUUAUAAUUACACCCUAAGGUCGUUUUCUAAAACUAGCAUGCUUCAGAAACUUUAUAUUUAUGAUAAGUUCAUUAAAAAACCUAUCCCCCUUUUCUAGCCGAUCCACCCAUUCUUGACUUCCAAGCGAAACAAAAUUUAGGAAUUUUUAGUUAAAAAGCAGCAAAGUGGGACGAGCUCUGCGUUAAAGUUGGUAGGAUUUUAACAAUGCAGCUCCCUACCUGUUUAUUUGCAAACAGGUCCCAUUUGUUCAACGGCAAUUGCUGCUCAGUAAAUGUGUUUUAGGACUGCAGUUUCAGGAUCGUACCAUAGAGGUGAAAACCCAACAUGGGAAUUGUGUGUGCGUAUAGUCAACCCUGGCCUCAACGCAAACGGGAAGAAAUAGCAACUUCGGGAAUCGUCCCCAAAUAGUCCUGUACUCAGCUGGGGCUUACCCCCAUGAAAGCCUGAACAGCCUAAACGCUCUCAUUAGUCCAAAAGGUACUUAAUCCGGAUUAAGGAAUCCAGAGAAUCGGGUGCGAUUUCCCACAGUCAUUGCUAUUGGUUAGUUGGGGCAUCUCGGCCCGGAGCAGGGUGGGCUGGAAAGGAAGGAAAAAGCAUGCGGGAUCUCCCUUCGUACUCAGCCUUAAAACACUUUUAAUGUGUUUUCUAGAACUCCCAGUACGACAUCAAGGACGGCUCCUCCGCUUUGCACGCGGGGAUUGCACAGCCCACGGCCGCCGCCUACUACACCUACGAGCAUUCCUUUGGGCAGUACCAAUACGACAGGUAACAAGCGCUUUGAUCAGCCGAGCGGGAGCUCUUUAGAUCUGCCCGCGACUGUUGGGAGCUACAGCAGCGGCAAACCUCCGACAUUCUCCCUCCCCCGCCCUAUCAAUUGACUCGUCUCUUUCUGUGUUAAUCCCGGGCGAUCUGGGGAGCAGCCCUCAGGAAUAGCACGACUCCAUUCGAAGGUUUGCUUUUGCAGUGGCGCCUGGAAUGCUAGGCGUGCUUUGCAAAGGGCAAAGGAGCCCCUUCCAAUGCCUUUCAAGCGACUCCUCUGUACCUGAUACUGAGUGGGAUCACAAUGACACAUAGCAGCUCUCCAGGAUUUCAAACAAGGAACCUUCUCACACGGCCAGAGUUGACUCUGGGGCCUUCUGCAUACAUUGCAGAGGGUGGUGAUCCUAUGGAUAUUCAUUUACUGUCUGCAUUUAUAUAGCUGUCCCGUAACAGAACUUUUGUGAGGGGCUCCCACAGCAAUAAAAUAAUAGGCUAACAUUAACAUACAGUAUAAAACAAUAAAAACUAGAGCAAAUCAACUGAGGGAGAAACUCUGGGAAUCAUAGCUCUGUGAGGGGAAUAGAGGUCUCCUCCUAACAACCCUCAGCAGCUACAGUUCCCAGAAUUCUUUGGGGGAAGCCAUGACUUUUCAAAGCGGGAUCUUAAUACUUUAAAUGUACAUGUGAAUGUGGCCUGUCUAGAGUGAAAGGCAACAGCUCUCCAGGAGAUAGAAGCCCUUCUUGAGGAUGCCUGAGACUAAUCUGGGACUGUCUCCAUACAAAGCUUGUCCUUUUGUCACUGACCUUUGUAAGCUAGUUACUCUGCUGUCAGUACAACCUUUCAUCUGGCCUAGCAAUAUAUACAUGCAAAAGAGGGCAGGCCAGCACCAAGACCUGUAUUUUUUCAUAAUAAUCACUAUUAUAAUUAUUAAGCAAUAUAGCAUUGGGGUUUGCCUAAAUCUUUUUAUUUGGUUCAGGCCAAUGGCAUCCUGUUCUCACAGUGGCCAACCAGAUGCCUGUGGGAAACAGUCAAGCAGGACCUGAGCAGGAGACCACUCUCCCUCCUGUGGUUUCCAGCAGUGGGUAUUCAGAUGCAUUACUGCCUCUGACUGUGGAAGCAAAACACAGCCAUUCUGGCUUGUAGCCAUUGGUAUCCUCCAUAAAUUCAUCUUUCAUAGCCAUCAAAAAUCCUCUUUCAUAGCCAUCCAAAUUGGUGCCCAUCACUGCCUCCUGGGGCGAUUCCAUAGUUUAACUAGGUGCUAUGUGAAUAAUUUAUUCACUAUGUGAAGUAAUUAUUUUUAUCUGUGAUGAAUCUUCCAGCAUUGUUCUAGUGUUAUGAGACAGGGAGGAAAACUUUUCUCUACUCAAUUUCUCCAUGUCAUGCAUAAUUUUAUAAAACUGCAACCCAGAUGAGGAUCCUGCAAUCCUCCAGAUGUUGUUGGAUCCCAACUUCCAUCAGCCAGUGUGGCCAGUGAUUAGGGAUGAUGAUGAUGAUGAUAAAUAUAUUAUUUAUACCCUGCUCAUCUGGCUGGGUUUCCCCAGCCACUCUGGGCAGCUUCCAACCGAAUAUUAAAAACAAUACAACAUCAAACAUUAAAAACUUCCCUAAAUGGGGCCGCCUUCAGUUGUCUUUUAAUGAUGGGAGCUGGAGUCCAACAACAUAUGGGGGAUGCACAAUUCCCCAUAAUUUCCCUACUUUCUGCUGGUAGACCUCUUCUGUCUUAAACUUCCCACAGCACUGAGAAGCCACAAUGAGGAAAAGUAUGGCCUGCUGCUUUUCUGUUUGUUAUAUAGCUUUUGGGUGAUGUGUGUGACUGUUGUUAGGUUGAAGUCCUAUAUUCACUUACAAGAGAGUAAGCCCCAUUGAACUUAGAGGGAUUUACCUCUGAGUAAAUAGGUACCACUCCAGCAGGAAGGUAAAUGGCGUUUUCAUGAGCUGAUCUGGUUCGCCAGAAUGACCCGGAUAAAGCGAGAUGAGCGCUGCAACCCCAGAGUCAGCCACGACUGGACCUAAUGGCCAGGGGUCCCUUUACCUUUAAACGUGCAUAAGAUGGCAUUGCCAAUAGGGCUCUGAAGAGGAAGUAGUUUCUAUCUCACACUAUCCUGUACUUUUCUUUUUUAAAUACGUAAAUAGAAGAAAGUACUCACCACCUGCAAGAUGCAAAUGACUAGAAUAUUCAAUUAAAAUAUAUUUGAGUAACAUUUCUCAUUCUUGCCAUCUUUUAGACCUGAUGAUAGCAAAAGGUGUAGAAAUGCAAUCCUUUGCAGGCAUGCUCAGAAGUCCUAUUGAGUUUAGUAGAACAUGCUCCCCUGUAAGGGUGUAUAGAAUUCUAUCUAAACACUCUUAUUGGGGAGUAAGCUCCAUUGUAUUCAGUGGAUCAAACUUGUGAGUAAAUUUGCCUAGAAUCACCAACAAAUGACCUCCACAAUUGGAGACAUUAUGCUGUUAGUUGCUGGAAACUGCAGGGGGGAAGAUGCUCUUGUGCUCAGGUCUUGUUUGUGGGUAUCCCGUAGGAAUUUGGUUGGCAUUGUGAGAACAGGAUGCUGGACUAGAUGGGCCACUAGUCUCAUCCAGCAGGUGUGUCUUAUGUUCUUAAGCCCAUGAAUGGGCUGUAGUUAUCUUCUCAUUGUUCAUUUUGACACUGUUCCAAUUUGUGGUUCCAUUCUGCCUGAAAAGUAGCAUAUGCACCUCCAUACUGGCUCAGAAAAUCAUGCUCAGCAUCUCUAUCUCUCUCCCAGAUAUGGAACAGUGGAUUUUAGCAGCUCAGCCAGACGCAAGAAUGCCACCCGAGAGACCACUAGCACUUUGAAGACGUGGCUGUAUGAGCACCGGAAAAACCCCUACCCUACCAAAGGAGAGAAGAUCAUGCUGGCCAUCAUCACCAAGAUGACCCUCACUCAGGUCUCUACCUGGUUCGCCAAUGCUCGGAGAAGGCUCAAGAAAGAGAAUAAGAUGACCUGGUCUCCAAAAAACAAAGCAGGAGAAGAGAGGCGAGAGGAUGGGAGAAGGAAUGGUGAAGACUGUGGCAGUGAAAAUGAAAGCAAAGGUAGGCUUGGAAAUGGACUUGCUGGAUGCCUCUUGAUCUAAUCUACUUUACAGAGUGGUUGUGAAGAUAUAAUGGAUUCUUUGGAAGAAAACAUAAAAUAAAGUAAUUAUUAUAUUGUAUUUCCUGGAGCCAUCUGGUUGACCACUGUGGAGUGCAGGGGGCUGGUCUUGAUAGACCAGGGUGGAGAACUUUUGGGCCUCCAGAGGUUGCUGGACUGCAGAAUCCAUCAACCCCAGAUGGCAGGAUCAAGACUGAUGGGAGUUGUAGUCCAGCAACAUCUUGAGGGACACAGAUAUUCUCCAACUCUGAGAUACUGUAGAUCUUUGAUCUGAUCUCUCAAGGCUCCUCUUAUGUUCAGUUUUUGAUGCCCUGCUGGAUCACACCAAAUGUCUAUCAAGUGGUCUACCAGAUGCCUCCAGUAAGCCCACAGCGCCCCACCUGUGCUCAGUGGUGUACUGUCUCUGCUUUGAAUACAGAAUCCAGCCAUCACAAUGAAUGGCCGUUGGUAGAACUGUAUUAUUAUUUUUCAUAAACCAUCUUAAAAGCUAUCUAAGGUAAUGGCCAACACCACAUCUCUGUAGCAGGAAGUGCCAUAAAUUUGAUUAUAUGUAGUGUGACUAAAUACACACACACACACACACACACACACACACACACACACACACACAAUUUUGUCUAAUGUCUAAUUCAAUAUCGGAUAUGAAGGGAAUGCCUUAUUUGCUUCUUGUCCUUGGUAUUUAGCUAGAGGUUGUCUGAAUGUGAAAGUACUAAACUAUCACUGUCUGUAAAUGAGAAGUGCAAAGUUCUGAUCUCCUUGCAUUUUGGCAUGGUAGUUCAGGGCUGGCCGGCCCAAUACAUUUUGCCGCUUGAGGCAAAACUAGUCAAUUGUGCCCCCCGCCACUUCUCCUCUUCCCUUCCCCCACCGCUACCACCUCCUCCUCCUUUUCCACCUGAGGUGAUUGGAGGUGGCAUAGAAAAGCCCUGGCAUGCUGAAGCUGGUGGUGGAGAAAAAAGGCCAGAGUGGAGAAGGCAGUGCUAGUGGUGGCCCCAUUCUUCUCAAGUGGCAGCCAUGAGUGAAAAACUCAAGAGGCAAUAAGUGGUCUUCUCCUUGGGAUCCCGGAUCCACCACCCCUACCAGUUGUCCCCAGCCGGCCACCUGAGGUGACUACCUCAUUGAGGCUAGUGUGUGGCCUGGCCUUGCAGUUACUCAACCUUCUUGUGGGUUGUUGUUGGUGUUUACACAUAUCCUUUCUGCCCCUGCUUUUCGUUCCAAAAUACAGAUCCCAAAAGAUGCAAAGAAGAAAAGGAAUUGCAGUUGAGCGAUCUGGAGGACUUGGACGAGGAGGAGGCUGAAAUCAAGCUGGAGGCUGAGCCGAAGCAUCCACACCAAGAAGGCCCUGGUGUGGGCAGCACCUUGGCCGAGACAGAAAAAAACAACUGCAACCUUAGCCUGCCCAGCCACUUUCAGGCCUUCCCCUGUGCCAAAGCUGACUCGGCACUUACGGGGGACUUCCUUGGCCACAAGGGAGGAGCCACCUUGGUGGGUGGCCUUGGAAAUCAUGGCCAACCCUACGAAGCCCCUGAGAAGCCCAGGAUCUGGUCUUUAGCUCACACAGCGGGGGCCAAUGUGAUUGUGGGACCCAUGAGCCAUCCUGCUCAAAGGACAGAGAGCCCUGACUGUUUGGUGCUAAGAGGAAGGCCCCCUGGGGCUGUGGGACAAUGCGGUGAGGAGAGGCCCCUGGGCAGCCUUGUGAGAACACAGUCUAUUCAUGACAAGGCCUUGGAGGAGCUGGCUCAACCGACCAAGAUCUUUAAGAAUUCGACCUUCAACCUGCAGUCCAUCUCUUUAAACUAUGCUUCCUAUCCCAUGCUGGGCGAGACCUGUCAGUAUUCAGCAGGAACUGAAGGUAGCCAGCUUCUUGAGAUUCCCCCCUUUCUUUCCAUAUCCAGAAGCACUGCUUGAUUUUAGUGAACGGAAGUUUAUGUGGUGUAAAAAGCUCUGCCAUGGUUUUCUAGGUCCAGGACCACAUAAUGCACAGCCAUUUUUCAUGUAGUUACUGGAUGCUAAAUUUCUCCCCUCUUUUUGGGGAAGGAGCACCGAUGUCCUCUUCUGCAUUAUCCAAAAGAUGAGUGAGCUUAACUUGGAUUCUGAGAAAUCUUUGACAAGUCGGUGGAUUCACACAACCAUUUUGAGUUGGCAAAGUUAUUCAGAACCUUCCUUGUCUUUGUGGCGAAACAGUGACUGGUUAUCCUUCUGAAAAUGUUUGAGGUGUGGGUUGAUCCAUGCGGUGGUGGAAACCAGGAUAUCAUCAAAAUGUGUCUGGAUGUGUCAGUGUCAGGCAGCUAAGUCAAUGUGACAAAAGUAGAAAGAGAAAUUCAGAAUUAAAUUCAGGAGCCUUGGCCAGUUCAAAAUGGUCUUGUGAAUCCAUCUGUUUCUCAAAGAACUUCUGGGAAGUAAUGAUCUUUCCAUGUAGUAGAGUGUAGUAGAGUGUCACAACAUGACAAGGAAAAGUCAAUGUGCAAUAAGUUCACCACUUAUUUUAAAAUACGUUAGUGGCAAAAAUCAAAUGUAUGUCCAGCAAGAGAACAAUAUGGUGAAGCUGCUAGGUAUCAUAUAGUUAGGUUUUGACUGAAUGGUGAAAAUGGACCUCUGUACAUGCUCAGAGCCAUGUCCUCACUGGUGAUCCAACCUACAGGUACAGGGGGAAAUAGCCCCUUUCCUUGAAAAGAUUCAGAUUUGAUCUGAAAUGAUUUUUUGUAGGGGGGGGGUUAGAAAUUUCCAUCUGGAAUCUUCAACAUAAGCCUUAAAACCUGAAGGAUUCUUCGUAUGUCUUGCUGAUUAAAGUUAGCACAGCAAGGUUCAGCAUUUGAUUAGUGCAUUCAAUAAAUCAUAAUAGAAUUGUAGAGUUGGAAGGAACCCUGAGGGUCAUCUAGUCCAACCCUCUGCCCACAGCUGUCCCAGGGUGGCCUUGAACCACUAACUUUCUGGUUAAUAGCUGGACCCAUUGUGCCACCCACUGUUGUGUGGUAACCAAGGCUCAACCCUUCAGAUGAAUUCCAAUUUCUAUCAGCCCCAGCCAAUGUGUCCAGUGGUCCCUGAAGAUGGGAGCUGUAGUCCAACAACAUAUGGAGGGAAAAACAUUGGCUGCUUGUGCCCUAAUGACUAAAGAUACAUUAAUGCAACCACAUUUUGAAUGUUACUCCCCACCCCUCACUCCCACCCUAUGUUUGCUUCCCUGGGAGUAUGGCUUACUGAACACACUGGAACUUAUUUCUGAGUCAACUUCUGAAACUAGAACGUGAGGAUCUCAGGUUGAAUUAAGUGCCACCUAGGGUCAAAAUAAGCUGUCAGAAAACUGUCCUUCCUUUUAAUAUUUUUUUAGAGGUUGUUGUGUGUUUCUUCUGUGCUAUGUAUUGCUGUGGUGUUGCUGAAGUGCACCAUUUGACUUCAUGGAGACCUUCACCAUCAUAAGCGCAUACAGGAAUGCAGAAUAAUAAUAAUAAUAAUAAUAAUAAUAAUAAUAAUACUCCACCCAUCUGGCUGGGUUUCCCCAGCCACUCUGAGCGGUUCACAGCAUAUAUAAAAACAUAAUAAAACAUCAAACAUUAAAAUCCUACCAAUACAGGGCUGCCUUCAGAUGUCUUCUAAAAAUUGUGUCCUUCUUUAUCUCCUUGACAUCUGAAGGGAGAGCAUUCCACAGGAAGGGUGCCACUGACAAGCAGGACCUUCUGGUUCCCUGUAACUUUGCUUCUCAUAGUGAGGGAGCUGCCAGAAGACCCUCAGAGGAGGACCUCAGUGUCUGGGCAGAACAAUGGAGGUGGAGAUGCUGCUUCAGGUAUACUGGGCCAAGGCCAUUUAGGGCUUUGAGGGUUAGCACCAACACUUUGAAAUGUCCAUCUAGCUCACUAUUGUCUACACUGACUAGAUGCAGUUUUCCAGGGUUUCAGACCAGGGUUUCUCCCAGCCCUGCUUGGAAAUGUCAAGGAUUGAACCUGGGACCUUCUGGUUGCUCUACCACUGAGCUACAGUCCUCACUCUGUGCAAAUGAAUACUUCUGACAGACAAAUGAGAGGUGUUAGCAAAGCAAAGCAAGCUUCAGGAACACACUUAUAAAUAAGCAAACAGAACCACCAUAAAAUCUUGCAAUGCAUCCUGAGCUCUUACCAGGAGAGCUUCUAUUCAGGUUUCCUGCCAGCCAUCCCUUCCUCUAGAUACCAUCAGUUGUUAAGGGGCUGAAGCAAGAACCUUUUCUUCUGCAAUUUGUUUUCUUUUCCAACUGAUGCUCUACAUUCUGUAGGUACGAAUCAUGUUCAGUCUUUGUAAGGCUAUAUUAUGGAGCUUUUGUCCAUUUUUUUAAAAAAAAACCUUUUUAUUUUAUUUUUUUUGUAUUUUUGAAAAACUUCAGGUUUCCCCAAAUAGGUGAUCAUAGACACUCCUGCCUCACUUUUUGCAUUAUUUCAGUUGGCACUUAGCACUUGUUCAUUACUGUAGUGAUUAUCCCUUUCCCCUUCUGAAAUUCGUAGCAUGGACAUUCCUAUAAGGACAGUGUUAUGCUGAAACUUAGAGAGCUUCCUUAAAUCUUGAACUGCACGUAUGGAAAUGACAAACAAGGAAUGGGUUUUUUUUUCUUGCAGUGUUCCCUGAAUUGUUACAGAGACAUUUUACGAUAUUAAAUGAUGGACCAAGUUAUGGCUGGAAAUACUGGCAAAUAUUGGAGAGACAUGUCAUUGUUAUAUCAAAUUACAGAAUUGCAGUAUUGGAAGGGACCUACAAGGGCCAUAUAGCCAAACCCUGUGCAAUGCAGGUAUCACAGCUAAAGAAUCCCUGAGAGAUGGCCACCCACCCUGUAUUUUGAAACCUCUUUACGGAGAGUCCACUACCAUCUGUGGUAAUCUGUUCCACCGUAGAACAGCUCUUACCAUCAGAAAGUUCUUCCUACAGUUUAGGUAGAAUCUCCUUUCCUGUAAUUCAAAUCCAUUGGUUUGGGUCCUACCUUCUGGAGCAGCAGAAGACAAUCUUGCUCUAUCUUCCAUGUGAAAGUGAAUUUACCAUUUCUUCUGCCACUGCAGCUCUGAUAUAUCAUCUGAUUAUCUCUGAUGGCUGCAUCUCUCAGUUGACAGAGCUGGGAUGAUACAAUCUCAUACUGUGUAGAGAUGCAGCAAAAUCUGCCACACACACCUGACAUGGAGGCCAAUGAGAAGAAAACCAGGCCAGAACAGGGACUCAUUCAGAGGCACAGAGGGCAACCUCUGUGAAUGGGCUCACAUGAAUCUUUAUUUCAGUUUGUUUCUCUUUUGCAAUACAAUGGGAGUUUAAUUUUGGGGAUGGAAAGAAAUAAGGCAGGGAUGGGGAGCUUGUGGUCCUCCAUAUGUUGCUGGAUUAUAACCCUUCAUGUGGCUUGGACUGAUGUGGGUUGGAGUCCCAAAACAUUUGGAAUGCCACAGGUUCUGAAACGAAGGUCUGACAAGGGGGGAAAUGGCUAAGUUGCAUUCAAAUAUCUCAAUGCUGGAGUUCUGACACCUGCUUAAGAAAGGUGAUGGUGGGGCAGAGGUGGCAGUUUUCACCAGCUUCACUGCAGUUCCCCAUGCCCACCAAGACUAUAAUUGCUCUGGAGGGUUGGGAGAACCAACUGGAGCAGCAUGUGGUCCAUUAGCACAGGGAUGGAGUACCAAUUGCCCUCUAAAUAUUGUUGGACUCAAACUCCCAUUUGCCUCAGCCAGCGUGGCAAAUGGUGAGAGAUGAUGGAAGUCCAAAAAUUCCAGGCUCCUGUUUUUUGCAGUAAUGCCUCCACUAGACCAUUUGGAUCCAGCAUAUUGAUUAUGGAGUCAUUUGCAGUCAAAAUCUGGGAAUGUUGGAGAGAGUUGGGAAAGUUGUCCACUGACUCUGAUCAAGUAUGGUGGUUUUUAAAACAACAACAACACCCCAAACAAACAUUUUCUUUUGUUAAAACAGGGUUUGGGAGAAACAUGAGAGGCACUCAAGGUUCCCUAGACCUAAGCGAAGUCUGUCUCAGUCAGCAUAAAGACAAACUGAGAACAGCUUUCAGGCCAGUGCUGAAGAG